AUGCCACAAACAGAGCUGCCCUUAAACGAAAAUGAUUCACAAGACAUGGUCUUAUAUCAAGUCCUCAAUGAAGCCAAUAACAUUAAAACAUACCAACAACAAACUCAAACCGUUACAAAAAGAAACACGGCAAAUACCAAGUAUCCUGCGCCUGUAGGUGGUAUAAGCAAGAGGCACUAUAGAGGCGUAAGGAGGAGACCGUGGGGGAAAUAUGCGGCCGAGAUUCGAGACUCAGCACGACAUGGUGCACGCGUUUGGCUUGGGACAUUUGAAACGGCGGAGGAGGCGGCGUUCGCCUAUGAUCGAGCUGCGUUUAAGAUGAGGGGUGCUAAGGCCUUGCUGAAUUUUCCUGCGCAUAUAGGAAAACAAGCUGCGCAGGAGUUUGUUGGGUUGAAUGACAGCUCUAGUAGUUCACAAGAAGGUUAUCGUGUUAAGUCAGUAUUUUCCACCCGGCUUUGCUAUAAAGGCUUUGCUCAGUGGAAGAGUUUUGGUACAGCACUGGCUAGAGAUGAUUCUGAGUUGAAACUGCAUUCUGGGUUGAAAAAUGAUGGUCUUGAGUGUGAGGUGGAGCUUAUGGGGGCUUCUUCACAGGUUGAGAGGUCAGAGUCAACGGGAAUGAGUUCAACAACCUGGUUUGAGAGUACUAGUUGGGCUUAG